AUGAGAAAAGUGAAAAAGAAGAGAAUGAUUCCAAACCAGAAGCUUCCGAUGAACCAAAGGACAGUGAAGGCUGGCCACGAAGAAGACUUGAAACGAUUCACAGCCAAAUACGUUCCACCUCACUUACGAAACCAGUCUUCCUCUGCAGAUGAGUCCACUCAAUUCGAUCAAGCUAUCGCCAAGCAAAUCCGCGAGAUUGUGAACAAAGUCACAGACGACACGUUUAUCAGUAUGUGCCAUCUUCUAAUCGCUGCAUACACGAAGUAUCCAAAGAACAGCGUGCGUAGCAAUCUCUACACGACAGUCAUCGCUGCUACAAAGAACCCAUUCAAAAUCAUUCACCACUACAUUCGAUUAUACGCCGGUUUGAUCGCCGCCGCGCAGCACGAAAGCGACAUGAACGUCGUUUCCUUCAUUGCAGAGAAUGUAGUGAAUUUAUUCGAAGCAGAGUGUGAAAAUGCGAUUAACGAGCACGAUACGAGCAACGACAAUGUCGUGGAGUACUCGAAAACGCCGGUGAAUAUCUUCGUUCUUUUAGCUUAUUUUUACUUUUACAAUCUUCUCACCUCCACGUUAAUCGUCGAUUUGUUGAAGGAAGGCGCAAGACGAUUCACCGAAAUGGACGUGGAAAUCAUUUACACCACAAUGAAAAUCUGCGGAUUCAAACUGCGAGGCGACUGCCCAGCGGACCUGAAAGACCUCAUCCUUCUCAUCAAGGAAAAGGCAGAUUCGGAUGCGUGGAAAAAUAACCAGCGAGUGCAGCUGAUGUUAGAAACCGUUUACAACAUCAAAAACAACCGCGACAACGCGGAGCUGAAGCAAGAAAAGGAGAAAGCCACCAUGAUUCGAAACCUCGUGUCCAAAACAUUCGGAACGAAUUCCACGCCUCUCGCAGUCUCGCUCGAAGACAUCCAUAACGCCGAAACGAAUGGUCGAUGGUGGGUUCUGGGCGCACAGUACCGACCUGCGAAGAAAGCGGAGGGAAAGAAGGAAAAGCGGACGUCGCUGAGUCGAAUCAUCGCCGAAGCGGACGAGAAAGUGAUCAAAGCGGCGGAAAAGCUUCGAAUGAACACAGACGUUCGAAAAGCUGUGUUCAUUACGCUCAUGACGAGCAGCGAUUACAUGGAGGCGUUCGAUCGGCUGCUUCAGCUCAAUCUCCAGCCCGUGCAGGAGCGAGAAAUCAUUCGAAUCAUUCUGGAAAAGCAGUACAAUCCGUAUUAUGGGUAUUUGCUGAAUCAGCUCUGCAAGAGCAAGCCUUCCCAUAAGUUCACGCUUCAGCUAGCGUACCAAGACAUUUUCAAAACCAUUCAGGACUACAGCAAUGCAAAGCUGACCAACUUGGCUACACUCUUUUCGAAUAUCCUUUUUAUAUAG